AUGACAGAAGCUCCCCCACCUUAUUCAACAGGACCAAAGGCCCAAGUGGUCUCCCAUCCUACAGAGGCGUCAAUGUUGUCCGACGACCAAUUGUGGUGUCUUCGUGGGUACGACAUUGUGUACAUUGUGGACGAUAGCACGUCCAUGUCGUGGACAGAAAAACGUUCGGGCAUUGUUCCGUGGCCCCAUGCUAGAGACGCAUUGAUGACGUUUUCAAGCAUUUGUGAAGAAUGGGACGAGGACGGACAAGACCUCUGGUUCCUCAAUCGUGCCGAACCGUUGCUCCAUGCAACCCCAAGACAAAUUGAAGAAGCGUUCAAUAGCAAUUCUCCGCGGGGCGGAACAAAUAUGGGCCGCAAGUUGCUUCAGGUGAUUAGUACUUACUUCAAUGACUACACCCCCAGCUCCAAGCCUUUGAAUAUUGUCGCUAUUACCGAUGGUCAGUUCUCAGAUGACGUCACGAGUACCAUCAAGUGGAUCGACAAAGAACUCGACAAACGGAACGCUUUGCCAAACCAAAUUGGAAUCCAAUUUGUCCAGAUCGGUGCCGAUCCGCAGGCGGAAAAAUGUCUUCGAAUGUUGGAUGACGACUUACAGCACAUGGGCCUUUCGCGAGACUUGGUCGAUACCGUCCCUUGGAUUGCAGACAAGGCUGACGGGAAGAACUUUGACGGCAAAUAUCUUAUCAAAGUUGUGUGCGGAGCGAUCAACAAGCGUCUUGACAAUGACAAUGUUGGAAGGAAAACGAAACCUCCGGUGAAGAAGAGCAAGUUCCGUCGUCUUUUUGGACGCAUGGAUUAG